AUGUCGCCUUUUGGCACUCGCACUGGCCCUGCCAACACCCCAAAACAACCUCUGAGUACCCCCCAACGUCCUCCCAGACCGAGAGGGGGGCUCAAGCUGAACCCGUUCCCAGACCCUAGCCCAAAAAACCGCCCAAAGAGCGGUCCGAAACGACCCAGGGGGGAGAAAGACUCUGAGGGAGAGUCUGGACCCCCUAGGGUUCCCACAUUCAAAGGGUUUCCCCAAAACCCGAAAGGGUAUGGAAGCUUCCCAAUGUCGAAAAAGAAAGACCCAAUAGGCAAGCCUGAGCCUGAAAGGACCCCAGUCACUACCUUGUUUGGGGUUUAA